AGCCCAAACUAACCCCACGUGAAGUGACGGACUGUUCUAUGACUGCAAAGAUGGAAACGACCUUCUACGACGAUGCCCUCAACGCCUCGUUCCUCCAGUCCGAGAGCGGCGCCUACGGCUACAGUAACCCCAAGAUCCUGAAACAGAGCAUGACCCUGAACCUGGCCGACCCGGUGGGCAGCCUGAAGCCGCACCUCCGGGCCAAGAACUCGGAUCUCCUCACCUCGCCCGACGUGGGGCUGCUCAAGCUGGCGUCGCCCGAGCUGGAGCGCCUGAUAAUCCAGUCCAGCAACGGGCACAUCACCACUACGCCGACCCCCACGCAGUUCCUGUGCCCCAAGAACGUGACAGACGAGCAGGAGGGCUUCGCCGAGGGUUUCGUGCGCGCCCUGGCCGAACUGCACAGCCAGAACACGCUGCCCAGCGUCACGUCGGCGGCGCAGCCGGUCAGCGGGGCGGGCAUGGUGGCUCCGGCGGUGGCUUCGGCGGCGGGCGGCAGCGGCAGCGGCGGCUUCAGCGCCAGCCUGCACAGCGAGCCGCCGGUCUACGCCAACCUCAGCAACUUCAACCCGGGCGCGCUGAGCAGCGGCGGCGGGGCGCCCUCCUACGGCGCGGCCGGCCUGGCCUUUCCCGCGCAGCCCCAGCAGCAGCAGCAGCCCCCGCAGCCGCCGCACCACCUGCCCCAGCAGAUCCCCGUGCAGCACCCGCGGCUUCAGGCCUUGAAGGAGGAGCCGCAGACGGUGCCCGAGAUGCCCGGGGAAACGCCUCCCCUGUCCCCCAUCGACAUGGAGUCGCAGGAGAGGAUCAAGGCAGAGAGGAAGCGCAUGAGGAACCGCAUAGCUGCCUCCAAGUGCCGGAAAAGGAAGCUGGAGAGGAUCGCCAGGCUGGAGGAAAAAGUGAAAACCUUGAAAGCGCAGAACUCGGAGCUGGCGUCCACGGCCAACAUGCUCAGGGAACAGGUGGCACAGCUUAAACAGAAAGUCAUGAACCACGUUAACAGUGGGUGCCAACUCAUGCUAACGCAGCAGUUGCAAACGUUUUGAGGAGAGACUGUCGGGGGCUGAGGGACAACAGAGAAAAAAAAAAUACACAGAGAGACAGACUUGAGAACUUGACAAGUUGAGAGAGAGAGAAAAAAGAAGUGUCCAAGGACUAAAGCCAAGGGUAUCCAAGUUGGACUGGGCGGCGUCCUGACGGCGCCCCCAGUGUGCACGAGUGGGAAGGACUUGGCGCGCCCUCCCUUGGCAUGGGGCCAGGGAGCGGCUGCCUGCGGGCUGCCCGGCUUUGCGAACGGGCUGUCCCCGCGCGAACAGAACGUUAGACUUUUCUUUAACAUUGACCAAGAACUGCAUGGACCUAACAUUCGAUCUCAUUCAGUAUUAAAGGGGGGAGGGGGAGGGGUUCCAAACUGCAAUAGAGACUGUAGAUUGCUUCUGUAGUACUCCUUAAGAACACAAAGGGGGGGUUGGGGGAGGGGAGGCGGGAGGGAGGUUUGUGAGAGCGAGGCUGAGCCUGCAAAUGAACUCUUUCUGGCCUGCCUUCCUUAACUGUGUAUGUACAUAUAUAUAUUUUUUAAUUUGAUGAAAGCUGAUUACUGUCAAUAAACAGCUUCAUGCCUUUGUAAGUUAUUUCAUGUUUGUUUGUUUGGGUGUCCUACCCAGUGUUGUUUGUAAAUAAGAGAUUUGGAGCACUCUGAGUUUACCAUUUGUAAUAAAGUAUAUAAUUUUUUUAUGUUUUGUUCCUGAAAAUUCCAGAAAGGAUAUUUAAGAAAAUACAAUAAAAUAUUGGAAAAGUA